ACUCAAUUUUCAAGUAGUUCCAUCUUCUAAACAUUUUCAUCAUAAUCAUCGUAUGGAGUUCGAGUCAGUGAUCAAAAUGCAUUAUCCGUAUCUCGCAGCCGUUAUGUACGAUGAUAGCCUCGCUUUAAAAGAUUUUUAUCCAUCUCUUACCGAUGAUUUUCCUUGUGUACACAAUGUACAUCAUAAACCUUUCCAGAUUAAUCUCGAUAGGUCACAUCUUCCAUCGAUGGUAAACUCUAAUCCUGAUCUUUGUCACAAGAAUCUUUCAUCAAAGAUCUCAAGCACAACUUCCGAUCACUUUAUACAAAAUCUAAAUAUUGUUCCCUAUCACUUUGAUAUGCAGCCUCACACAUAUGAAACACCUUCAAAAGAAACCAUUAGGGGCAUCACUCCUUCUCCAUGCACCGAAGCUUUCGAGGCAUAUUUUCAUGGCACAUCCAACGACCAAGGGUUUUUUGGCAUGGCCUAUACCACCUCACCAACUACUGACCCCAACGUUUCACAUGUCUCACAUGACAAUACUAUGUGGGAAAAUGAUCAAAACCAAGGAUCCAUCUUUGGGACCGAGUCAACCUUCAAUCUAGCCAUGGUGGACUCUAAACCAAUCUUGAGCGCAAAUGAAGAUACCAUCAUGAAUCGACGUCAAAAUAAUCAGGUAAUGAUCAAGACCGAGCAGAUCAAGAAGAAGAACAAGAGAUUGCAGAUGAGGAGGAUAUGUAAACCCGCGAAAAAAGCUAGCAUCAUCAAAGGACAAUGGACUCCUGAAGAAGACAAGUUAUUGGUGCAAUUAGUGGAACUUCAUGGAACUAAAAAAUGGUCUCAGAUUGCUAAGAUGCUUCAAGGACGAGUCGGAAAACAGUGCAGAGAAAGGUGGCAUAACCAUCUCCGUCCCGAUAUCAAGAAAGAUGUAUGGACUGAAGAAGAGGAUAUGAUACUGAUAAAAGCCCACAAGGAGAUUGGGAAUAGAUGGGCUGAGAUCGCUCGAAAGCUCCCGGGACGCACCGAAAAUACGAUCAAGAACCAUUGGAAUGCGACAAAACGUCGACAACACUCAAGGAGGACUAAAGGAAAAGAUGAAAUCUCCCUUGCACUUGGUAGCAACACUCUUCAGAACUACAUUAGGUCUGUUACUUACAACGAAGGUACCUUCAUGACCGCAAACGCAAACGCAAACAUUGGUCCAAAAAACAUGAGAGAUAAAGGUAAGAAUGUAAUGGUUGCGGUCUCGAAGUAUGAAGAGGAUGAGUGUAAGUAUAUUGUUGAUGGUGUAAUGAACUUGGGUUUAGACAAUGGAAGGAUCAAGAUGCCAUCAUUGGCGGCUGUGUCAGCUGCUUCCGGAUCAGCGUCUACUUCUGGUUCUGCGUCCGGUUCUGGAAGUGGUGUGACCAUGGAGCUUGAUGAGCCAAUGACUGAUAGCUAUAUGGUGAUGCAUGGAUGUGAUGAAGUUAUGAUGAACGAGAUUGCUUUGCUGGAGAUGAUUGCUCAUGGUCGUCUUUAGGCCGUGCAAUAUAAACAAGUCGAACUUGA